AGGAAGGCUCAAAUUGCAGCACAAUUUUCCAUCCUUUGAUUUGUUUAUGACAUCUCCCCGUUGUGGGAGCUCCGUUUGCCACGGCCUUUUGUUGCUGCUCUGUAGAUCGGGCUCAGCCCGACACACUGCCCAACCCACAGGACAACGCUGAAAAGAAAAGUGGGAAAGCGAAAAAGAAGAAAGGAAAAGACGGGAAAGAGGACAAGGCCGACAAAGGAAAGCGGACUGUUGGCUGGAAACAGGAUGAUGAGAGCGAUGCAAAGGAGGAGAAAAGCGGACCUGCUGAAGUGAAGAACGGGAAAGAGACAGGGAAGACGGAGAAGAGAACGGAGAAGACAGAUGAGGCGACAGAGAAGAGAACGGCGUCAAAGAAAACAUCGGAUGGCAAGCCUGGCAAAGCCAAGCCCAAUGCCGAGAAUACCAGCUCAGAGAGAGCUGAACAAGAAGAAGUAGAUAAGAAAGAUGUAGACGGCAAAAAACCGAGUGAUGAGUUCGUUGGCAAGUUCCAUUCCGCGCUACGCUGGGGCAAGUCCAGGAAUGAGGUGCAAGCAUUGGUGAAGGAUGCGGACGUGUCCAAAGGUGCUGCGGCCAGGGCGCCAGAUCCAAAGACCGGCAACCAAGCUUUGCACAUUUCGGUGCAGAAUGGCCACCGUGAACUGACAGAGAUGCUGAUCAGUUGGAAGGCUGAUGUCACGUCGCAGAACUUCAAAGGACAGACCCCAUUGCACAUGAGUGUUGAGUACGAUUUUUAUUUCAUCUCCAAGCUGCUGCUAGAGAAGGGCGCUAAGCGGGAGGUAGAAAAUGCUGACGGCUGCAAAGCUAUUUUGGGCAUCAGCGGUGGCAAAGAAGGGGCAGAGGCCUGGGAUGCGCCGACCAACAUCCUGAAGAAUGCCAGCAACAAAGAGGAGUUGAAUGAGGCCUUGGAAGCCUUGGAAUCAGAUCCUUCCAGCCUUGACAAAGCAAGCUUGGCGAGGGUGGGAAUGCUGAAGGCCAAGGAAAUGAAAGAAGCCUGGGACAAGCCCAGGUUCAUGGAAAUUCUGAACAAGGUGAAUUGAAGUGACGCAGAAGGUCACUGGAAUAGACAGUGUUGCAAUUGUGUCUCUUAGCUUACACAGCUGCAAACGCAGCUUGUGGACACAAUGUCAGUCGAUCCUGGAAAGGAGA